AUGAGUGAAAGAGGCGACCGCAAACACCUGGCCAAAAAACAUGCUUCAAUAUGUUACUGUGAAUCCUCAUUCCAGUUUAAGACCUCGAAGAGACUUACAUCUGUACGAUUACACCUUGUGCUUGUCAAGGCAGAGGUGUACUCCACGGGGUCCGACAACAUGUUGGAAUUUCGUACUGUUUUCAACCACGAACACGAUACAACGAACAACUCGUCGGCGUACUCGAAAUCAGAAAGCUGUUCGUUGUGUCGCAUCAUCAAUCAGCAAACGAACUUCUACGGUAUUCCACCAGCGAGAAGCGAGUUGAGAAGACUCUAA